AUGUCCAGUACCACAUUUUUGUUAUCAGUUUAUACUAAUGUUGUCUUUUGUGACCACGAAACUGCGCUCAAAAUCCAUCAAACACGAACUAAAUAUAAAUUCAAAGGUAAGCCAAUAGAAAUACGUUGGGCUCUUUUACAAAAAAAAGUUAAUUUUGAAGAAUUAAACUUCGACAUCUUUGGUUUGAAUCCCGAUGCUACAGACGAGUCUGUUCAAGUUUGUUUGGGUGCUUAUGCUCAAAUCAAAUGUUUUUACUUUUCUCGUAAUGACAGUGGUGCUUUUUGUGGUGUCAAAUUUGUUUCGUAUCAAGACGUUAAGAAUUUUUAUGACAAUAUAUCCAUAAUCAAAAAGACAAUCGGCACCGAUAAUUUCAAUGUUAAAAGAUACGAUAAAAAGAAGGAAGAGAAGGAGUGGUGGGGUGUAAGAGUAAGAAAAAUCCACCCCGACUUGGAAGCAAAUGAUGAAUUUUACAAUUAUUUCAACUCGUUUGGGGACAUCAAAAGUUUACGCCUCACAGAUACCAAUCCGAAGUUUAAAACCAAAACGUUGUAUGUUCAGUAUUUUGACGAAAAUGCCGCAAAAACGCUGAUUGAAGAAAUUGAUGGAAAAGAUGUGUUUGAUUGUGACAUGCCGCUGUCCGCGAGUUUUUAUCAAACAACAGAAAAAGAACCAAAAAAGAAGAACAAGACGUAUUAUGAGUAG